AACAAAGGCAUUGCCGGACCGAACAUGGUAACCAAAAGGCAAUAAAAGGAAAACAAAACCCACGCCCUUCUCUCUCUGUAUUUUGCUCUCGUUACACUCCCCGUACUUUUGGGCGCGCGCUCUCUCUCUCUCUCUCUCGCCCUCUAUAUUUCUGUAGCAGCAGAGGCAGAGCCAUUACCGGACUUUGUUAUCUUCUUUUCACAUACGACCAAGGUCUCUUUGACAGUUUUAGUUUCGCAUAAAACAAUUUACAGCAACCCAAGCGCUCGGUCAACUGUCUGAAUCGUGAACCUUCGUGAUCUGCAGUUCAUGGUACAUCAACUGCCACUUGUAUCAGCUCUAGAUCUGCAACAGUCUCUGCUGCCGAGAACGGUUCUUUGUUGAAGACCUCUGUUGUAAAACUCAGAGUGCUGUUGAGUUUUAUAAUCUAAACUGCAAUUUAGGACUCUGGAUUUCCAGUUUUACUGGAAAAGUUGGUAAUUAUCCUAAAUUUUGGAGCUUUUGAAGCUGGUUUGACCCAAAAGGCUGUUUUCGAUUCGGUGUUAUUGAAAACAGAAGACACAGAAGUUGAGUUGUAGUGUACUUUUGGUAUCACUAUGCAGUCGCGGGUUGUGCCGUUAGAGGAAGGCGAGGAAGUCACGCCUAUAAACAGGACAAACCAAUCUAAACUCUCAACGCUAAGGCCAAUUCGGGUACUUGUGCUGUUUCUGGUUCUGUGUAUUGCCUUUUCUAUCGUUAGUAUACACACAAUUCGGUACUUUGGAAUUAAUAGUGUGGUAACAACGGCUAAGUCGUCCACGUUCCGGCCGUGCUAUGAGGAACCGAGAAGUUUGGAGCAAUGGAUUACGCCACCAUCAAAUUUAAUGCAUAACAUGACUGAUACGGAACUGUUAUGGAGGGCCUCUCUUGUGCCUCGGAUAAAGAAGUAUCCUUUCCAAAGAGUUCGUAAGAUUGCAUUUAUGUUCUUGACUAAGGGGCCAUUGCCACUGGCACCUAUAUGGGAGAGGUUUUUGAAGGGCCAUGAAGGGUUUUACUCAAUAUACGUUCACUCACUGCCAUCGUUCCAGGCCAACUUCCCACCUUCAUCAGUCUUUUAUAGGAGACAGAUCCCUAGCCAGAUCUCUGAGUGGGGAAGGAUGAAUAUGUGUGAUGCUGAGAGAAGACUCCUCGCUAAUGCUUUGCUUGAUAUCUCCAACGAAUGGUUCAUUCUCCUGUCUGAAUCAUGCAUUCCUGUCUAUAAUUUCAGUGUCAUCUACCGCUAUGUAAUGAACUCCACAUAUAGCUACAUGGGUGCGUUCGAUGAUCAUGGGCCAUAUGGGAGAGGGCGGUAUAAUCGGAACAUGGCACCUGAGGUAUAUAUUAACCAGUGGCGUAAAGGAUCUCAAUGGUUUGAAGUUAACCGGAAUCUUGCCAUCAGUAUUGUGGAAGAUACCAUAUUUUACCCCAAAUUUGAACAAUUUUGCAGACCAUCAUGUUACGUAGAUGAGCAUUAUUUCCCCACCAUGCUAACCAUCCAAGCAGGGAAUCAAUUAGCAAAUAGAAGCAUAACGUGGGUGGAUUGGUCGAGGGGUGGUGCUCACCCUGCUACUUUCGGACGAUUGGAUAUCACAGAGGAGUUCUUCAAGAGAAUUUUAGAAGGUCACAACUGCACAUACAAUAAUGGAUUCUCUUCAAUUUGUUUCCUAUUUGCAAGAAAAUUUGCUCCAAGUACCUUGCAACCUCUAUUACAAGUAUUACCAAAGCUUUUGGCCUUCUGACAACAAAAUCCACAAGGAAUGCCUAAUCUUGAAGUGAAUAAUGGAUUAGUUCGGAAAAUACUGCAAGACUAAAUUCUGUCAUACAUGUUGAAUAGUAUCAUAAAUUUGAACUUUAUUUGUGAUAAUAUGUUUUCUUUUUCUCCUGCAUCCAUUGAACUCUUUAGCAAUGCCACAGUGUAGAACAAUUUUAGAUGUACAAAGGCUUAGCACAAUAUAUACAUUUUUGUAUAGUUAUACUU